UCCUUUCUCUUUCUCCAUACAAUUUCCAUCUUGGUCGUGUUGAGUUGAAGCUCUCUAGGUUUGGCCGAUAUUACUCACUCGUCCAGAUUGCUUCUGUCGUCACGCGCCACAACUUCCCCCUCAUUAUCUCAUUGGCCGUCGGUCGCAGUUUCCCCCUCAAUAAUACCCUGAACAAAGUCAUUACGCACCAAAGCAUCGAUUACUGAGCAUCGCAUUGCAGCCUCGCAUCAGCUUCAUCACGUCUCCAGUCAAUCACAGGUGACAGCUGCAUCGAAACAAAGAACCCCACUACGGCAGUGUAGCUCCACGUCUGCGGGCUCCUGCACAAACGUCCCGACACAAGCUCUCCCCAAGCUCCCAAGUACCUUAGCAAUCAGCUACAAUGGCUCUUCCCGCCGACUACAAGCACGAGAUCGAAAUCCUCGAGCGUGAGGUCCUGCAGAACAAGCCCACCGACGUUCUUCAGUUCUGCGCAAACCACUUCCACCGCCGACUAGAGUCUCAGCGACACGAGUUCCUGCUGGGCGCACAGCAUUCCACCAGCAAAACAAUGGCCGAGAACAACUUCCCCGGCAGCAACCCCUUCCACCACAUCCAGCAGCCCGGAAUGCAGCGCCUUGAAGAAGAGGAUGAAAUGGACACGUUCGCCUCGCCCACUGCCGCUUCUUUCCCCAACAACGCAAUGAACCGUGACGCUUCUCCCUUUGCUGCAAACGCAAACCUCUUUGGUGCUGGCAGCGCCAACUCGGUCAGCAGCCCUUUCGCCGCCUCUCAGAGCUCCGAUCCUUCUGCCCAGCAAAGUGAUGGCUCUUUUGGCGGUUUCAACUUCGGUUUCGGUGGCGCUCAGAACACCAACAGCCGUGAUCAGAAGGACGUGCCGCAAAACUUCCCCAACAACUACAACAUGGGCCGUCGUGUGUCUGUCUCGGCCGAGGUGCUCGCGCCCUCUGGUACUGACGACUCGGACUGGAAGCCCCCAACCUACCCCAAGACCCAGGAACAGCUCAACCGUCUGCGCACAUCAGUGUCACGCAACUUCUUGUUCUCUCAUCUGGAUGACGACCAGACGGAGCAGGUCCUCGGUGCCUUGCAAGAACGCAAGAUCCCCGCCAAGGACGUCAAGGUCAUUGCACAAGGAGAUGUUGGUGACUACUUCUACGUCGUCGAGACUGGCAGCUUCGACAUUUACGUCUCGUCAACCGGCAAGAUUGAGCCCGGCAUGAACGGUAUGGGUAACAAGGUCGCAUCCUGCGGUCCCGGUACCUCAUUUGGUGAGCUCGCACUGAUGUACAAUGCACCCCGUGCCGCAACUGUGAACAGUGCCGAACCCAGUGUCAUCUGGCAACUCGACCGUAUCACCUUCCGCCGUAUCCUGAUGGACAGCGCAUUCCAGCGCCGCCGCAUGUACGAGUCGUUCCUCGACAGCGUGCCUCUCCUCAACACUCUCACCGCUUACGAGCGCAGCAAGAUCGCUGAUGCUCUCGAGACCCAGAAGAUGCCUGCAGGAAGCACAAUCAUCCGCGAGGGUGACGUCGGUGACCACUUCUACAUGCUCGAAUCCGGUACCGCUGCCGUUUACAAAUCUGGAAUCGAGCAAUCACUCAAGCAAUACAACAAGGGCGAUUACUUCGGCGAGCUGGCCUUGCUCGACGACAAGCCUCGUGCCGCCUCAGUUGUCGCCGAGACAGAUAUCAAGGUGGCUAUGCUGGGCAAGAACGGAUUCCAGCGCCUUCUUGGACCUGUCGCAAGCAUCAUGCGUCGUGAUGACCCUACAAAGUCGGAUGGAGGCUCGGUCCAGACCUCUUCAUCCUCUGCUGGCCCAUUCUCCGACAGUGUUAACCCCUUCUCGUCGUCCUGAAUGGCCGGGGAGCAUGGCGCGCGCUUGACCAAACGACAAAGAUUGAAUUGAUAUCGCUGGGCAAGAAUCGGUGGCGCCAUGGGUCCCGUCUUUAUUUUUCUCAUUUCUAGAGCCAACUGGGCGACACGACUAGUCAGCCGUCGUCCACAUGUAUUCCAUGUCUUAUCUUAGUUUCAGUAAUGAGAUAGUGCUUCGAACUACA